GAAGUCCGGGCGGAGCCUAGCUGCAUGCUCUUCGAGCAGUGACAUUGUGCUUCCCGGAACUCGCGGACGUCCGUGCUGGAAGUGUAGGAAGAAAGUGGGCAGAUUUGAACAUCUCUCUUUUCAAGCUAGUCGGAUCAUCAUGAUGAAGCUUAGACACAAAAACAAAAAACCCAGUAAAGGUUCCAAAGGCUGUAAGAAGCCUGCAAGGCAAAAUGGGAAGAAAGUAACCUCCAGACCAUCAUUUGCUCCACAGUUUGUUCAUGGCAAUGACCAUGCCAGUCGGGAGGCUGAAUUAAAGAAGAAAAGGGUUGAGGAGAUGAGGGAGAAGCAGCAGGUUGCCCGGGAGCAAGAGAAACAAAGACACAGGACCAUUGAGAGCUACUGUCAGGAUGUCCUGAAACGUCAGCAGGAAUUUGAACACAAGGAGGAAGUUUUGCAGGAAUUAAAUAUGUUUCCUCAGUUGGAUGAUGAGGCCACAAGGAAGGCCUAUUACAAGGAAUUCCAUAAGGUGGUUGAGUACUCUGAUGUGAUUCUGGAAGUCCUGGAUGCCAGAGACCCAUUGGGCUGCCGCUGUUACCAGAUGGAAGAGACUGUCCUUCGGGCAGAAGGCAACAAGAAGCUGGUCUUGGUCUUGAAUAAGAUUGACCUGGUUCCCAAGGAGAUUGUGGAAAAGUGGCUGGAUUAUCUUCGUAAUGAGCUGCCAACUGUGGCUUUCAAGGCUAGCACCCAACAUCAGGUCAAAAACUUGACUCGAUGUAAAGUUCCAGUGGACCAGGCCUCUGAGUCGCUGUUGAAAAGCAAAGCCUGCUUUGGAGCUGAAAACCUCAUGAGGGUUCUGGGGAACUAUUGCCGCCUGGGGGAAGUGCGUACCCACAUUCGUGUGGGUGUUGUAGGCCUUCCCAAUGUGGGGAAGAGCAGUCUGAUCAAUAGCCUGAAGCGCAGCCGUGCAUGUAGUGUGGGAGCUGUUCCUGGUGUCACAAAAUUCAUGCAGGAGGUCCACUUAGACAAGUUCAUCAGGCUGCUGGAUGCUCCAGGCAUUGUCCCAGGGCCCAAUUCAGAGGUGGGCACCAUCCUCCGUAAUUGCAUCCAGGUGCAGCAACUGGCAGACCCUGUGACCCCGGUGGAGACCAUUCUUCAGCGCUGCAACCUGGAAGAGAUUUCCAACUAUUAUGGUAUUUCUGGAUUCCAGACCACUGAGCACUUUUUGACUGCAGUGGCCCAUCGCUUGGGAAAGAAGAAAAAGGGAGGUGUAUAUAGUAAAGAGCAGGCUGCCAAAGCAGUGCUGGCCGACUGGGUGAGUGGGAAAAUCAGCUUCUAUACACCACCACCACCUACUCACACUCUGCCUUCCCAUCUCAGUGCUGAGAUUGUUAAGGAGAUGACUGAGGUCUUUGAUAUCGAAGAUACUGAGCAUGCCAAUGAAGAUACCAUGGAAUGCUUGGCCGUGGGAGAAUCCGAUGAGCUGUUGGGAGACACGGACCCACAAGAAAUGGAGGUUAAGUGGCUUCAUUCUCCACUGGUGAAAAUAGCAGAUGCCAUUGAAAAUAAAACCACUGUAUAUAAGAUUGGAAAUCUCACUGGGUAUUGUACCAAUCCAAACCGUCAACAGAUGGGGUGGGCUAAACGAAAUGUGGACCAGCAUUGCCCUCCAAACACCCGUACAGUGGAUGUCAGUUCGGUGGACCGCCGCCCAAUGUUGCAGAGGAUUCUGGAGACAGACCCACUUCAACAAGGCCAGGCUUUGGCAUCUGCCUUGAAGAAUAAGAAAAAAUUGCAGAAACGUACAGAUAAAAUUGCAAGUAAGUUGUCUGAUUCCAUGAUGUCUAUGCUGGACCUCUCUGGCAACCCCGACGACCAUGCUGGUGACUGAUCGGCUGACCUUCCCCUCAUACUGCAAACACUGCUUCCUGUGGGAUAAGAGAAUACAGAUGGCGGUUCUGUUCUCCCUGAUGUAUCUACAUAGUGGACAACACCUCCUGUACAAUGUAUCUUCUGCCACAGUGCCCUCCACUCUCAUCAGUUAUGAGCCUCAAAGUAACUGGAGUUGCCAAACCCCAAUAUCCUUUACUUAAUUCUUUGAAAAAAAAAAAGUCUUUGAAAAUGACUUUUUGCUUGUUUUUGUGGUGCCAGGGAUUGAACCUAAUAGGUCCUCAUACAUGUUAGACAAGCAUUCUAUUACUGAGCUGUAUUAUUAGCAUCAUCAUCAUCCAUUAUUUUCAUCGGAGAAAGAUUCUGCUUACUCAGCUUCCCAGGUACUGGGAUUACAGGCUUUGCCACCACUCCCAGCUCCCACUGUGUUUUACAAGGUAAAUAAAAUAUCAACAGAGUCUUGGCAUGGUGGCAACAUACCUGUAAUCCUGACACUUAGAAGACUGAAGCUAGGAGGACUGUAGGUUAUAGGCCAGCCUGAACUUACCUGGCAAGACCCUUUCAAUAAAACCAACAACCCAGAACAAAUAUGCAGAGUCUAGGCUUUGGUGGCACAUGCCUUUAAUCCUAACACUCUGAGAGGCAGAGGCAGACGGAACUGUGUGAUUUUGAGGACAAUCUGGUCUACAAAUCGAGUCCAGGACAGCCAAGCUAGCUACACAGGGAAUCCCUGUUUUGAUAAAAACAAAACAAAACAAAAAAAAUCAAAACAAAACAAAACAAAAUAACCACACAAACAAGCAGAGGCCAAGUGCUGACAAUGUAGCGUGUACUCUCAAUACCUGUGUCCUCACCUUGUUGGUUAGGCUAAUAAAGGUUGACCUCUUGGACAAGUGAAUGUUCUAAAGGUUAGACUGCUGAGAAACCUGCUUGCGGUAGUAGUGGGUGUUAUGGGUGAUCUUUUUUGUUUUUAUCACCCUACAAGAUUUCAUUGCCAAGGUAAGGCUCUUGCUUAUUCAUUUUCAAAAUCUAUAGGUAGGCCCUCUUCUCAGUAGUGUAGGAGUAGAGAAGGAAAGUGAUGUUUCUCGUCUCUAGAAGUGUCUUGGAAUAGGGUAGAGGGAUGAAGAUUUUAGAUGGGGUAUACCUAUCAUAGUAAGUUGGAAAGGCAUUGGCUGCAAGGUGUUUAGGAAAUGUAGACCAUACCUGUUUUUUUCUGGACAGUUAAGUACUCGUUGAGCACAAACUACCAAACUCAGAAUCAGUUACCUCCUUUAACUUCAGUAUAUCCCUACCAGGCAGGGGUAAGGCUCAUAAAGCUGAUAGAACAUGCUUCUGAUGGCAUUAAAUAGCAGAAUGCUAGAUUUAAAAGUUGAGUGUAAUUAAAAUCUUAUGUUAGCCAUUUGUUUUGUAUUGUAUUGCCUUCUUGAGAGAGGAACACUACUCUGUGGUGUGUUACACUUUUAAAAUACAUUUUCUCUACUCUGGUUUUAAACACUGGUAGCAUUUUAUAAAAACUAGGCUUCCCAAGUCUUUAAGUGGUGUCCAGCUUAAUUCACUGAUCUCAUCUAAGUUUUGGUAGAUAAUUAUUAGAAACAAAAGCAACUAGAUCCUUGAGAACAUAAUCUAGCUAAAGUAAAAUAGAACUAAAACAAUCAUGUAAGGAUAAGAAUUUAGGACUCUGAUCAGGUGGGCAGCUCACACAGGUAUCUCAAUGUUCAGGAUGUUGAAGCAGAAAGCUGCCUGUGAAUCUGAGUCCAGCUUGGGCUGCAGAGUAAGAGGCUCAAAGCAAAACAAAAUAAUGUGGGACUCCAGAUGUACUAACUCUAAAGUAUCUCAAGGUGGGAGUAGGUCAUGGGUAUGCACAAAGGGUCUGCCUGUGUAACCCAUGGUGAUCUUGAACUCUGAGCCUCCUGCUCAGCUUCCCAAGUGCUGGGAUUAUAUGUGUUUACCACCAUGCCUGGCUAUUUCUUACGUCUUAAAAGAAUUUCUUGGAUCUUUAUUCUCCUCUUAAAAAAUAAUUUUUAUACAAUAAAUCUCAUCCUUUAUAAUUUUAAGUUCUGCAAGUUUGAACACCUGUCAACAGGGGUAGCCUGUCACGAUAAUCGAGAUACAGAAAUUUUGUGGCAUUCUCCCCAAGCUUACUGUAUCUCCUUGUAGUAUAAUCCUGUCCCAUCCUCAGAUUCUGCCAAGCACCAGUGUCUUUCUGGUUCCUUAUGAUGAAUGUCAUAAGACACACAGGGGCAUUAAGCUUUUAGGUUUUUACUUUAAAACUUCACAUUUCAGUAAAAUACAGGUGUAUAAACUCUGAUAACUGGAUAAAGAAGAACAAAAGAAUUCCAUUACCCUCCCCUCCAUCAUUUUCUGUUAUUUUAUAGUCAAAAUUAAUUCUCUAUCCCUGACCCAUGGCAAUUCCAGACUUGUGCUUUUACUCUCUGGCUUGUCUUUUGAAAAGAGUUGUAAGUAGAAUUUAACAGUGUGUAACUUUUAAGAUUAACUUGCUAUGAGUUAUAUAUUUGAGAUCUAUAUCAUUGGGUGUAUCAAUAGUUCUGAUUUCUGUCUCAUGUUCCAUUGUAUGGAUAUCUUUCUGCUUACUCAGUCCCAAGUUGGAGGACAUUCUUUACAGUUGAGGAAAUUAUGAAUAAAGCUGCUAUAAAACCUUG